AUGGCUGGAAGUCUAUUUCACAGACUGUCUCUCGAGGAGACCGGCUCAUACAACUCACUAGAGAGCCCUGGAGGUGAAGCAAUGCAGCAUGGCCUGGACACGAUGAGUGACAGCACCAGUUCCACUGCAGCGAAUGACCUGGACCUCAUCUUCCUUAAAGGCAUUAUGGAGAGCCCUGUGGCCCAUGAGCGGUUUGAGGAGCCAAAGUUGGAGGCGGUGCGGGACAAUAACGUGGAGCUGGUUCAGGACAUUCUGAGAGACCUGACCCCCCUCACACACCGCAGUUCUGCUGCCGACGAGCUGGCCCGCAUACUGAAAGAGCCACACUUUCAGUCGCUGCUGGAGACGCAUGAUUCAGUGGCAUCCAAAAGCUAUGAAACUCCGCCCCCCAGCCCAUGUGCCUUCAUGGACCCUGCUCUUAAUAACCAGCCAGUGCCUCCUGAUGCCGUCAGGAUGGUGGGAAUCCGAAAAGUGUCCGGAGAGCACCUGGGCGUAACGUUCCGUGUUGAGGGCGGCGAGCUUGUCAUCGCGCGGAUCCUCCAUGGUGGUAUGAUAGACCAGCAGGGUUUGCUCCAUGUGGGUGACAUCAUUAAAGAGGUGAAUGGUAAAGAAGUGGGCAACGACCCCAAAGUCCUCCAGGACAUGCUGAAAGAGGCCAGCGGCAGCGUGGUCCUGAAGAUUCUCCCCAGCUACCAGGAACCACACACACCCCGUCAGGCCUUUGUGAAGUGUCAUUUUGACUAUGACCCAACCCAUGACAACUUGAUUCCUUGCAAAGAGGCUGGCCUUAAGUUCAGCAGUGGUGAUAUCCUGCAGAUAUUCAACCAGGAAGACCUCAACUGGUGGCAGGCAUGUCACCUAGAGGGAGGCAGUGCAGGACUCAUCCCCAGCCAGCUACUGGAGGAGAAGAGGAAAGCUUUCGUCAAAAGAGACCUGGAAUUUGCCACGACAGGCCCUCUGUGUGCAGGCAUGGGCGGCAAGAAAAAGAAGAAAAUGAUGUAUCUAACAACCAAGAACGCAGAGUUUGAUCGGCAUGAGUUGCGUAUCUAUGAGGAAGUGGCAAAGGUUCCCCCCUUCAGGAGGAAGACGCUGGUUCUGAUUGGUGCUCAGGGGGUGGGCCGGCGCAGUCUGAAAAACAAAUUACUAGUGUCUGACCCACAGCGCUACGGAACCACCACUCCAUACACGUCACGGAAACCUAAGGUGGAUGAAAAAGAGGGCCAGAUGUACCUGUUCAUGUCCCGCAGUGAGAUGGAGGCUGACAUUAAGAGCGGCCGCUUUCUGGAGCACGGUGAAUAUGACGGUAAUCUGUACGGGACCAAGAUCAACUCCAUCCAUGAGGUGAUGGACUCUGGCAAGAUCUGCAUCCUGGAUGUCAACCCACAGGCGCUGAAGGUUUUGCGGACGUCAGAGUUUCUGCCCUACGUGGUGUUUAUAGAGGCUCCUGAUUUUGAGGUUCUCAAAGACAUGAACAGAUCUGCCAUUGAGGCUGGCAUUGUCACCAAGCAACUCACGGACUCAGAGCUGAAGAGGACGGUGGAUGAGAGCGAGAGGAUUCAGAGGGCUUAUGGUCAUUACUUUGACCUCACCAUUGUCAAUGACAAUCUGGAGGGAGCAUACCGCAGCCUGAAGGGGGCGCUGGAGAGACUAAACACAGAGCACCAGUGGGUCCCUGUCAGCUGGGUUUUCUGAGACCAGAGAGACCUAAGCAUGUCUGACACGAA